GUGUUCUCUUACAGAAAGUCAGUGAGAAGGUUGGAGGAGCUGAAGGCACCAAACUUGACGAUGACUUCAAAGAGAUGGAAAAGAAGGUGGACACCACCAGCAGAGCGGUGCUGGACAUUAUGACCAAAACUACAGAGUACCUACAGCCGAACCCAGCGUCCAGGGCAAAGCUGAGUAUGAUCAAUACGAUGUCUAAGAUUCGCGGGCAGGAGAAGGGGCCAGGAUACCCACAGGCCGAGAGCGUGCUGGGAGAAGCCAUGCAGAAAUUCGGCCGAGAGCUCGGAGAGGAGUCCAGCUUUGGCCUGGCUCUGAUCGAUGCGGGCGAGGCGAUGCGGGAGCUGGGGGAGGUGAAAGAUGCAUUAGAUAUGGAGGUCAAACAGAACUUCAUCGACCCGCUACAGAACCUGCACGACAAGGACAUCAAAGAGAUCCAGCACCAUCUAAAGAAGAUGGAGGGUCGGCGUUUGGAUUUUGACUACAAGAAGAAGCGUCAGGGCAAAGUGACCGAUGAGGAGAUCAAGCAGGCGCUGGAGAAGUUUGACGAGUCCAAAGAGAUCGCGGAGCGGAGCAUGUUCAACCUGCUGGAGAGCGAUAUAGAGCAGGUGAGUCAGCUGGCAGCGCUGGUCAGAGCUCAGCUGGACUAUCACAGGCAGGCCACUGAUGUCCUACAGCAGCUCUCAAGCAAGAUGGAGGAGAGGAUAAAAGAGGCCUCCAGCAAGCCGAGGAAUGAGUUCAUUCCCAAACCACGCAUGGAGCUGCAGUUACCCAGCGAGACCCACAACGGAGGAAUACACACCGCUAAAUCACCUGCACGAUCUCCAGCUCCUCUGGAUCAGCCCUGCUGCCGCGCUCUGUAUGACUUUGAGCCGGAGAACGAGGGAGAGCUGGGCUUUAAGGAGGGUGACAUCAUCACCCUGACCAAUCAGAUCGACGAUAACUGGUAUGAGGGGAUGAUCCACGGCCAAUCGGGGUUCUUCCCCAUCAACUACGUGGACAUCCUGGUGCCUCUGCCCCACUAGGCCCGGCUCACCCCCCCCGACUCCCCCCUCUGCUGUUACCUAGCGACCCAGUUCGCUUUCGCUGUGCAUCUGUGCUACUCUUCACUACCGUUUCUGUUGACCCGUCGCCGUGGAGAGGGGCAGGAGGAGGAUGAAGGUGAUGAAGAGGACGGUGGAUGAAGCCACACUCUGACGCGUCUGUGUGCCCGUGCAGUGGUCUGCUCAGAAGCAGGUGGUCCGUGUGUGUACAAGUCUCUGAAACUCUCACUGGGUUUUUGCUUUAAAGCAGAAAAAGGCUGUUCUGUUCACCCGUCGGCUCGUUUAUUGUUGGGUUUGUUGUUUUGUUUCCGGAGAAGCGCCUGGAGCACUGCUGCCCUCACCUUCGCUGACCUGCAGGACCGUCGCUCCCUUCUCCCAGCGGAGACCUUCAGCCGGAGCCUGGACACCGGUCCUCUCUCACUUCAUGGCUUUGGCUGUCCGUCUUCCUGCUGUCCUCUGUUUCUGACUGAAUCACACUGCGCACUUUCCUCGUGACUUUGUUUUCCUCCUGCAUGCGUAGUUGUAGCGUCUUUAACUGGGACCAUUUGUGACUCUUUGCCGGCAUUACUGGUUGGUUUGGUUGUGUUUUGUGAUCACAGAGCAGGUUUCUCCCACAGACUUUCAGCAGAACCAGCUCCAAUCAGCUGCUAGAUCAGCUCCAGUUCACUAAGCGCUGUAGAAGCUGCUACACCAGCAAACACUGCUAGAUUGGUUUGGCAACCCAAGUAAACUUGUAAUCAUAACAAAUACUGGACAGCCAGAACUGUUUCACUGCUAGUAAGUCAACC